AUGGGCCAUCCGAGGAGUGUGGCCGCGCUGCUACUCGCCACAGCCCUAUUCGCCAGUUGGGAUGGCUACUCGAACGCCCAAACAACACCCCUAUUCCCGGUGGCCUGCGAGCUGAACGUGCUGAUCGUGCUGGACCGGUCGGACUCGGUGAAGGGCGGCUUCAACAAGUCGCGCAACUUUGUGCUGGACGUCUCGCAAGAGUUGCAGAUUGGCCCCUCGAAGCAUCGGGUGGCGAUGAUCGUCUACUCGGGGCCGAGCUACCGUCGUGAGGUUUUCAAGUGGAAUUUCGCGAAGAGCAACGAUGAAUUCCAACGGAUCACCUCGAAUUUGAGGGCAAUUGGAGGGACGACAUCGACGAAAAAGGCGCUCGAAGUCGCGAACGAGCUGAUGGCAACGCGAGAUCAAUCGGUGGCCACCCUAGUGAUGGUGGUGACCGACGGGCGGUCGGCCGACGAUCCGAAGCAGCCAGCUUUGAAGCUACGCCAAUUCCCGAACACGUGGGUGUUUGCCGCUUCGACUGGAGAUCCGGAGAAAGUUGAUAUGAGAGAACUGAAAGACAUCACCGGGGAUGAGAAUAAAAUUGUUACACAUCGAGGACGAGAGUUGGCCACCGAUAUUGCCAAGCGGAUCCUGAGAAAGGCCCAAGAGAAAUGUCGUACGACCACGUCGACGACCACGACAACUACAACAACCACCACAACAACGACCACUACUACGAAUCCUAUUACAGGCUGCGAAAUGGACCUCGUGUUCGUGAUGGACCUUUCGACCACAACGAACCAUAUCUACAGCUUCUACAAAGACAUGGCAGAGAAGCUCGUCAAGUCGCUGAUCAUCAGCCCCAGGCAUACCAGGGUGGCCCUGAUCGGGUUCUCGUCAAUCGGGCGGACACGAACCGUGUUCAACCUGAAGAAGUACAAAUUCGAAGGGCAGGUGCUGCAGGCGUUGGACGAGUUGCAGAGCGCUGGAGGGACGACGGCGAUUGGCCAAGGCAUCCUGCAAGCGAUGACACAGGCAAACGAGCGCGAAGGUGCCCGACCGAAGCUCGCAACAAAGGUGAUGGUCAUCUUCACGGACGGGUGGAACAACAAGGGCCCGGACCCGGAAGCUACGGCCCGAGAUGCACACCAAGCCGGCUGGGAGGUGUACGCCGUGGGAUUCGCGGCGACGGGGGAAACGAGGAUGGUGUUUGAGAGUCGAAAGGGAGAUGGGGAGGACGUGCCACUACACGAGAUGACUCUCAACGUCCUCGGGUCCGAUCGGGCCCAUAUCUUCUCCGAUGAGAACACGCAGCAGAUGGUCGAGCGCAUCCGGCAGCGGAAUGCAAAGUGCUUUGGGCAACCGUUG